GGUUUCUUCAGUCGCUCUACAGCCAUGAAAGGCAUUUGCUGUGUUGAUAUCGCGCUCGCUUUGUUGUGCGUGAGUCUUGUGGAAGGGCAUCUAUUCUCUCAGUCGCAGCUGAAUACGCACAUUCAGCUGAAGGAGCAUCUGAUCUCGCAGAACAAUGACAGCAACUAUGUGCAGCGUGUCAUGAGACUGGCCAAGUCCGCGGAGAUGCGCAGCUAUAUGCAGCCGGAGUUGGAUGCUUGUGAGAACUUUUAUGAGUACAGCUGCGGCAACUGGCCCAAAAUUAAUCCCGCCAACGAUGAGCAUCCGCGUGAGACAAACUAUCAACAGCUAUUGACUAAAGGAUUUCAUCGCAAGCAGCAAAAACUGCUGGAGAAACCCGCCGAUGAGGAUAUCGAUGAUUCCGCUAUUCUGAAGCUAAAGCAGUUCUACGCCAGCUGCCUCUACUAUCGCCAAGUUCCCAUUUCACGUUAUCACAAUCAGAUGCUCGACAUUGUCACGGAGUUUGAACUCAUCAUGCCAGCCCUGGAGAAGCCAGGACAGCGGGAGAACGUGUCUAGUGACUUCGAUUGGCUGGCGAUUGUAGCGCAGAUUAAGCGCAAGUAUGGCCUCGAUAUUCUGCUGCGUCUACACCAAGCUCCGGAUGUUCAUAACAAAACCCAGAUGCGACUUUACGUGGGUCAGCCACCUCAUCUUGUUGUGGAGCCGGAUCCAAGGGCAGCUGAGCAGCGUAUUGCCGCCCAGUUGAAACAGCAACUGCGCUUGGAAACGGAACUGGCCGAGAGCACCGCUCAUGAUAUUGUGGAACUGGAAACGGAACUAGCCAAGGGCAUGCUCAAUCGUCCCAUAACUGCUCUCGCCCAGCCGCGUUCCAUCUCUGAACUGGCAAGCGCCUACGCCCCCAGCUUCAAUUUAACGCGUUAUGUGGAGAUGGCUCUGCAACGUCGGCUUUUAAGCAAUGAGACUCUUUACGAGCACGUGCCCAGCUACCAAGCUCAUCUGGUGGAUGUGCUUAAUAGGACGUCGCCGCAUGUGCUGGCUAACUAUAUCUUUCAACAGCUGCUGUUUCCUUUCUACUAUGAGCGGUCGACUCAGUCGUCAGCUGUGGCCCAAUGUCUGACAAUCACCCGGAAACUGUUUCCCCAAUUGCUUGAUCAGUGGGUCUAUCGACACUAUGCCGAUGCGGUCUCCGUGGGGGACAUUGAGUCCCUAUGGGAGAAUGUAAAGCAGAGCUUCAGUUUCAUCAUCAAUAAUUCCACAAUGGAUUGGCUUUCGGCUGACACUCGUAGUCUAUUGCUGACCCAGCUCAAUGCAACCCGUCUGCUGAUCAAUAGUCAUGCUGAACUGAAUUUCACAGAGAUCUACAAUGAGUUGCAAUUGGAGACGCAGGAUUAUUUUGCCAAUUUGCGUAAUGUCCUUGAGUACAAGCAGCAGCAUCAAUUGGACCAGUCCAAUGUGCAAUCCAAUGUUCCACACUAUGACGCUGUGAAUAAUCUUGUCGUGCUGCCCGUUUCUUUGCUGCAGCCCAACAUUCUGUGGUCCCGGCAUUAUCCUUUGGCCCUGCGCUAUGGCAGCUUAGGUACGGUACUUGCCCAGCAGUUGGCCCACAGCUUUGACAAUCGAUCUGGAUGGGAUGCGUCCACCAUUACCGAGUUUAAUAAGCGAAAAGCCUGCUUCAAGUAUCAGUACGAACGACUGCGAUACGAUGGAGAGUAUCUAGGAGCCAGCGAUCUUCAGGAUGGCAAUAUUGCCGACAAUGCCGCCUUGCAAGUUGCAUUCCUCGCAUAUAAGAGUACCUUGGGUGAAACGUCGCUGAUCCCUAUGAGCGAGAAGCUUCCCAAUCUUAAUCUGAGUGCCAUUCGACUCUUCUUCCUCAGCUAUGCUCAGCUGUGGUGCAACGAUGCCAACGAACAGUUCCGUGACAAGCAAUCCCUCCUCACAACAGGCAUUCCCAACGCGCUACGCAUCCAAGGCGCAUUGGCCAAUUUUCCGGCAUUUGCAAGCUACUUUCGCUGCACCAGCGAUUCCCUUAUGAAUCCCACAAAGAAGUGUCAGAUGUAUGCAUUGAAUACCAAUUAAAUAAACAAAGUUAGGAAUGAAAUAUUG